GGCGCCUUAAGCUGACACCUCGCUUUGUUCUAUGACAACAAAGUAUAUAACUCCCACUCUCUCGAUACUCUGCAGUAAGCGACUUGUUCUACUGUCUCACACCCGCUAUCAUACACGAUGCAGUCUCGAAUCGAGACCCUCCCUGGAGAGCUCUAUAAUAUGAUCAUCGGCUAUCUUGAUGCCACCACUCUCUCAAGACUACUACAGUGUAACAAAGUACAAAGGGAACGUAUCGAGCCGAAACUAUACGCUACGGACGCCGCCCGUCGGUGUGCAAUGCGCUGGGCGUGCGAGCAAGACAACCCAAUCGUCAUACAGAGAGCCGUUAAAUACGGCGCAGACGUCAGCUACCUGUACCCUGAAAAACGUAACGAGAGCUACGGAAGAGCACAGCCCACGAUAUCGAUUGCCAUCACCCACUGCAGUCUUGAAGCAGUAAAAUGCUUGAUCAGCCUCGGAGUACAGAUCGAAUGUCUCGGGUAUGAGCACGCCCAUGAUUUACUGUGGAAGCUACGAUCUCCGAAACGGUGGGAUAUAUGCCAGCGCUUUGUGGACGCUGGACUUGGUUCGACAUUCCUCAUGCUCCGCGAGCAUUGUCUGACGCCGACACUGGUCGAGAAGAUUGUUAGCAAUGGGCCGAAUGCAGUGCAAGAUGCUACUUGGCUCAUUGAUCACGGAGCUUGUGUUAAUGCUAUUGCUUCAGUGUACUUUCUCGGCUCCGAGCGUCGCCGAUAUGCGUCGCCGCUGUCUGCUGCAAUACUGGCUGACUCGAGACCUCUCUUCGACCUGCUCCUCGCACGGGGAGCUGAUAUCCACAGUUCGCUACAUAACAUAGUCGAAUCCGCCGAGGCUCUGCAUAUCCCUAUAUUUGCAGCCUGCUAUGCGGCAUCAAGUCAUGCGAGCCUGAAAUGGGUGGAAACCUGUCUUGAUGCUGGCGCUGACAUCAAUACGGGCGCUCACUUGCGAAUGAGACUUCCCACCGACAUGCCCGGUCAAUGCAACUAUCUGCAGCUUGUGGCAGCGUACCUCGUCAUGGACCAUUCAUGGGAUGAGAAUGCGGUGUGCUCUGUAAAGGACGUAGCGACCUACCUCUUUGACCGCGGAGCGACAAUCAGGCCUGCUGAGCCGCCACCGCGACGCCCCAGCAGCGCAAUGUACGCAGAAAUGUACUCGCCAUGUCUUGCGCAGAUGAUGAUCGGGAAAUGGACGCCUGCGAUACUGCGUAACCGUAUGUUCUUCGACGUGAUAACCAGGCUAGUCGAGCUUGGAGAUGCACGAAACCAUGUAGAAGACCUUUUUUCCCUCAGAAACGAAGCAUUAGGACGAUCAUUUCACUGCUGGCGUCUUCCCGAUAACCCUACACUGCGACUCCGCAUCGUAAACGCCUGGAAGGCCUUCCUCGACCUCAUCCUCGACGACUAUUUCGAGAAUGCCUCGGCGGUGCAGAGGCCGAUGUCCUGCACCGAACUCCUGUUCAGCACCGUGUACCAAAUGGGCACACAGCCCCAACAGAGAGACCACAUCAUAUACGUCACAGCGGAACACCUCGUGUCCCGCGGCGGGAAUCUGAACGACGACGGCAGCGAAGCGCCCAUCCUCCACCAGCUAUGCCUGCUCGUCAACCGGCGCUACACCCACCAAUUGCCCUCUCAGCGGGUAAACCAGCACGCCGCGGACGAGAAAUCCUACUGCGCCGCAAUCGAAGACUUGGUCGACUUCCUGCUGUCCCUGGGUGCCGAUCCGAUGAUCGAUGCCCGCGGUAAGGGGUUUGACCGGGUUCGACGUGGGACCGUCACGGCGGUUGAUUCCGUCGGUGAAGGGUUCAGUCGGCCUGAGGUGACGGCCGUGAACCUGUUGCUUGAAGAUAUAGAGAUUGGGGAUCCUGAUACGAUGCUGUUGGUGCGGCUUGCGGGUCUUUGUGAUGUUGCUGCACGUAGGCAGGCAGAGUAGGUAGGAUUGGUUGGAGAAUAAUUAAGAAGGAUAUCCUACUGGGCCGUCAGAGCGAUGCUAGACUGCUAGGUCACUGGUUCGUCAUUGUAUAUACAGGAAGGAGAGUGAGCUUCUAGAAAGCGAUAUAGAGGA